GGCUAAUCUUCCUCAAAAAAGAAAAAACCAAAAAACACUAAGAAAAAGAUCCCACGACGAAAUCUACUGGGAUCCCAGAACAAAAUCAGGCCUUUUCUUCUUAGAAGUGGCGGGAGACAAAUGCCACUUUGUGAACGGUCCAGAAGGUAAGAAACAAGCCCCAUUUCUCCUCGGGGAGGCUGAUAGGAGUUUAAAAGGUUUGUUGCGGUGCGUCAGAAACUUUCCCAGCUCCACCACCGGCCCUUUACUUCCACCUCUACCCACUGGAGACCACUUAGACACUUAAGUGGAGGUGACAGCUGAAUUCGGGAAAUCAUGCAUCAUGUCAGCAGGAGCCCACUGCAGACUUUAAACUCUGUUCAACAUGUGGAUGCGGCAGAGAAAUGACCUGUCCAGACAAGCCAGGGCAACUCAUAAACUGGUUCAUUUGCUCCCUGUGCGUCCCACGGGUGUGUAAACUCUGGAGCAGCCGGCGCCCAAGGACCCGGAGGAACCUGUUGCUGGGCACUGCCUGUGCCAUCUACCUGGGCUUCCUGGUAAGCCAGGUGGGGCGCGCCUCUCUCCAGCACAGACGGGCAGCAGAAAAGGGGCCGCGCCAGAGCCGCGACACCGCCGAGGCAUCCUUUCCCGAGAUACCCUUGGAUGGUACUCUGGCCCCUCCUGAGUCCCAGGGCAACGGAACCACUCUGCAGCCCAAUGUGGUGUACAUUACCCUACGUUCCAAGCGCAGCAAGCCCGCCAAUAUCCGUGGCACAGUGAAACCCAAGCGCAGGAAGAAGUAUGCAGUGGCAUCUCUGGCCCCUGGACAGGAGGCUUUGGUUGGACCAUCCAUCCAGCAGCAGGAAGCUGCAAGGGCUGCUGAUGCUGAAGUGCCUGGGUAUGUCCAGGGAGGAAACUUGGCCAAGGUUGGGGAACGACCCUGGAGGUUGAUACGAGGUCCUGGAGUACGAGGUGGGCGCUCAGAUUUCCAGCUGCCCAAGACCAGGGAGAGCAACAUCAGAAUCUACAGCGAGAGCGCCCCCUCGUGGCUGAGCAAAGAAGACAUCCGCAGAAUGCGUUUGUUGGCCGAUGGUGCAGUGGCAAGCGUCCAGCCAGUGUUCUCUAAGAGCCGAGCGCGCUUGCUGGUGCUGGAGGGGACCGCUGCUGGCGCCGAGCCCGGCUGCGGCCCUCUCCCCUGUGGGCUGCUCAAGCAGCCUUUGGACAUGAGUGAGGUGUUUGCCUUCCACCUGGACAGGAUCCUGGGACUCAACAGGACCCUGCCUUCUGUGAGCAGGAAAUCAGAGUUCAUCCAAGAUGGCCGCCCAUGUCCUGUCAUUCUCUGGGACUCGUCUUUAUCUCCAACAAGUAAUGAGACCCACUCUUCUAUUAAGCUCACCUGGGGAACUUAUCAGCAGUUACUGAAACAGAAGUGCUGGCAGAAUGGCCGAGUACCCAAACCCGAAUGGGGUUGUACUGAAAUACAUCAUCAUGAGUGGUCCAAGAUGGCACUCUUUGAUUUUUUGUUACAGAUUUAUAAUCGCUUAGAUUCAAAUUGCUGUGGAUUCAGACCUCGAAAGGAGGAUGCCUGUGUACAGAAUGGACUGAGGCCCAAAUGUGACAACCAAGAUGCUGUGGCUCUAGCACACAUUAUCCAGCGAAAGCAUGACCCACGGCAUCUGGUCUUUAUAGACAACAAGGGCUUCUUUGACAGAAGUGAAGAUAACUUAAACUUCAAAUUGCUAGAAGGCAUCAAAGAGUUUCCCGAAUCUGCAGUUUCUGUUUUGAAGAGCCAGCACUUACGGCAGAAACUCCUUCAGUCUCUGUUUCUUGAUAAAGUUUAUUGGGAAAGUCAAGGGGGUAGACAAGGAAUUGAAAAACUUAUCGAUGUAAUAGAACAGAGAGCCAAAAUCCUUCUUACCUACAUCAAUGCACAUGGGGCCAAAGUGCUGCCUAUGAAUGAAUAACAAAAGAAUCUUCUGGCUAGGGUACUAGAUAUAUUUAUGCAUUUUCGUUUUUGUUUUUAAAUCAAGUAUGCAAACCUCAAGCCAUUCUAGGAAUGAGGCAUUGUAGAUGAAAUAUAUAAAAUAAAUGAAUUUAACCAAGUAUAGAUGAUAGGCCUGAGCACUAUAAGCAGACUUUAAAAGCUUUUCAAAAACACACUCCUCCAAAAACAUUUGCUUAUAUUUGUCUCUAACAUCGUGUCACAUGUCAUGUGAGUCUUAACAUCUGAUUACAGAAUGAUUGCAAUGAACAUGCCAGCUAGCUUUGUUAAAAUAUUUGUCAUGUCGUUUAAUAGAACAGGGUAAACCAGAGGUAAUGAUUCCCUUAAUAAACCAUAUUUUAUGCCACAUUGACUGGUCUGACCAAAUACUAAUGGGAAUGGUUUUUGACGUUCUUCUGUUUCUGAUUGUUAAAACAGAGCAGUCCCACACUACCCAGAGACAACUCUACAUUGGAAAGCUGAGGCUCACGAUCUGCAACAACAUCAGAGCAUACACUAAUUCUAAACAGAGAUGGUGGGUUAUUUGCAAACCCAUCAGUAUAUAUUCUAUUGUAUCUAUAAAUGCAGCCAUCUCUGUGAUUCUGAGCAGCAAGAAUCACCUUUUCCAUUCCUUUUUAGAAAUUUAUUUUGUUGUCAGUAUAGAAACCAUCCAAAUUUGACAAUUUAUACAUUAGGUAGUUUUGCUCUCUCAAUUUUGGCCCAAUUUAUGUCUAGUAGCUUAGAAAUGAAGCAAUUUUAAGGUAUAAAGUUACCUAUUUGAAACUGUACUUAUAGAGUUAUCUUUUUUCCCAAUAGAUUUUU